AUGACAGCACGUCAAUCUAAUGCAAAGAGAUUUACGACACUGCAACAUCUCUGCAUGUUGGCCCUUAUCAAAGCUGGAAAAAAGUAUACCACUUUGCGCAAAAUACUGGGCAUACCCGUCGCACAUAUAGCACAAAAGUUAUUUGAAUUUAAAGUCAGCAAAUCGUUAGUCUUGAUAAAACUUAAACGGACUUUUGCCGAUGGAUCUUACAUGCAGGCUAUAGCAUGUGGAUACCAUCUGGCAAAGAGGGAAUUCGUCUUCGGACACUUCGCAGGGAUGGCGUCAGACAAUAUCAGAUCAAGAAUCAAUUGGUCAGAAUCUAUGAAGAUUAAAGAGGCAAUCAAGGCUAUUUCAAUGACAUUUGCAGAACCAAAACCGCUGCGAAGACGAUACUUUAUACUGGACACAGAAGAGAGGCUGCAAAGUGAAACGCGCUUACUUUACUACCAUGUUGCAGUAUGGCUAUCAAGAUACUGGAAUCAACUAGGCUUGACGAAAAACGAUAUUAGACAAAUAGUAAAAUUCAAAAAGCACUAUAGAGCUUUCCGUUCACUGAAGAAACAAGAUGCGAGACAACCUCUGCUUGAAUUUCUUCCUGGCAGCCUUGGGGAAGGCAUUGGCUAGAGCUUUUCUGGUGCACAGGCGUUAUUAGCCUUUCUUAUGGUUUCCAAACUGCAACUGCAAAGGCUGCAUACCCUCUUGCUGUGGAGCUUUACGUUAUCCUCUGUGAGUGGCAAAAACCUUUACAGAGCCGUUUUAAACUUCAAAUCGAAGUUUAAAUGUGGUCGCAGACGAGCAUUCACAGUUUUUUUAUCAGAAGCAUUGUCAGUAAUUCUUCAUAUGAAUUUCUUAUCAUCAUCUGAGUAACCUUAGAGGUAAAGAUUAUCUCUAACACGUGCUUCUAUGAUACGAGAGUCUCCAGUUCACCUUCAAUAAGAGUUGAACAAUCUCUUUUGUGGAAGAUUUAACUGCAAUGCUGGUAUUGAUGUAAUAUUUCCAUGAUUUUUAGGUUUGAAAUUCGUACACUCUCUAUUUUCUUUGAAGUAGCACGAUGGUUUAAAAUUCUUCAUGAAUGGUAACUCGUCAAUGUUGUCGCAUCAACAUUGUUCCUGUGUCACAUCAAAUUUGCCCAACAUAAGUGAAGCGAUGCAUCUCGAUUUCAGCGUUUCUCUCUUCUUUCUAUCCCUAUACGAGUGUUGCAUCCCUAUACGAGUGUUGCUUUCUUGAAUAUUUACUUUUCUCAUGAUGUUUCAAAUCAAAGCGUCCUCUUCUAGCAUCGUACAAUCAUGUUAACUUAAAUGACAUGAAAAAUUGUCUCUUUAUUUUAGUGCAACGAGAGAACCCAUUUCCUUUACGGAUAUCGAUAAUCUGACUCUUGAGUAUCGCAAAAAAUAUCUUGCUUCGAAAAAGCCAUAGCAUUUUGCCAACUUGGUCUUUCAAGCACUGCAGACGGUGCCAAAGACUGCUUGUUAACAGGCAUUUUCAAAUUAGCAAUGUGAAGUAGCAAUUCAAAAUACCUUUCAUUAACGAGAAACUUCUUUGUAGUGGAGAUCACUGCUGGUUACAGAAAGGAUGAUGCAAGAAUUGUAACGAUGUGUGCUUUACAUUUGGUUGACAUUGAAACAUGUCCACUGAUCCCGUGUAAAAUGAAGGCUCACUUUCUAGAAGGCUCAAAACGUAGAGACAACUUCCAUGUUUUCAUGACAACAUAGAGUUGUUUACACGACAACAUUCUUAAUACCUCGCUAUGAAGGGUCUUACUGAUGCUUUCAGAUUUUUUAUGAAUCCAGAGAGCGAUUUUCUUGGCACAUUUUGCAAACAUCAUUGAUGGUUGCAGUUAACACUACACAAAUUAGACACACAUCACCUACUUAUCAUCUAUGGCAUUGAGUCCUUAUCGAUAUUGCUUUUUGCAAAUUCAUAUAUCGUUAUUCACCUUAUCACGAUACUUUAAAAUGAGACCUGUGAAUGUUCGACUAAUACACCCAAACAGCCUUUUUAUAUUUAUUGAUUUCCAAAUUCAUCUACGCAAGGUUAUGGCGAUAAUUCGCUAUAUUCACAAACGAGCAUGGAAAUGAAGGGACAGUAACAGAUAGUUACCUUCAUAUUUUGCAUUGUAACAGCCUACAGCCCACACACUAAAGCACGGUAACACCUCGUUACUCAUAUCCCUCACCAUAAGAACUGAGUAUAUACAACUCAAGAAGUUAUGACGUUACAGUCUUCUACACACUACUUACAAGCUACAACUUACAAACCUGGCUGUUCUUUUUUAGUAGAAUCACUGUUCCAUCAUCAGUCUCAAAUUCACCAUAGUCUGUUAGACAACGUACCUUAAAGGAAAGCAAAGAAUGAAAUUCUCAGAACCGCCUCUCCUCUAACAAAGUUGAUGACGGGCGGUGCGCAAUUUUUGAACCCCUGGUUACGUGAAAAUUGAAGUCUGUUGGAGUUUGUCUGACAAUCACCUACAAGCUUGAUCUCUCUUAAAUAGGUCAAAUCAGCCUAUCAUAUCUAUUCAUAAAGGACCUUUCUACAUCAAGAGAAAUUCAUCAAACGCAUUCACUCUUUUUUAUUACUGGAUAUCCAGCAUAUCGAAUUACAUACACAGAUGAUCAAAGUAAGAAGCUCAAUUCACUUUGACUAUCCUACAUGAUGGGACAUUUAAUGAAAAUUACUGUUUACCAGUCUGCCAUAAAGUACUCGAUGCCGUUUAGGAAGAGAUGUACACGUUAUUUGGUGUAUAGAACAGGACGGCUUUAAGCUGUUAGAGUUUGACGCUUAAUGAGGUCAUCAGGCAACUGUCGCUUAAUGUGAUGGGAAAUUUAUAUCUUUUUCAAAAGUUGAUGGAAUAAACAAUACUAACCUCUAUAUAUAGC